UCCUUUGCCUGUUUCAUCACGUGUCUGUUUUGUAAAGUUCCAUGAUCCUGACUCGGCAGUUGUGGCCCAGCAUCUGACAAACACUGUAUUCGUUGACAGAGCGUUGAUAGUCGUACCAUAUGCAGAAGGUUUGUGAAUUGUUUAAUGGUCUAUGAAGCCACCAUAUGAUGGCAUUUUAUUCCAGUAUAGUUCACAAAAAUGAGGAUUAGUAAAAUGUCAAACAUGUAAGAUAUUAACAUUUUGAAACCCUUGGUAUAUUGCCAUUGGCCCAUGGAUUAAAUAAUUUUUUUUUAUCUAGUAAUUGAAUGAAAAUGGAAAGUUUACCUCUUACUGGUUUUGUGUGUCUUUAAGUUUAGAAUAUUAACAUUUUGGGCAGAAUUAUUUGCAAAUUUUGCUCUUUAUCAGUCUCAAUGAGACGUUUUCCUAAACAGAUUUAUGCAAACAGGUCAACAUGUUAAGAACAUCUUGCCUUAAUUAUUAAGUGUUUGCCACUUUCACAUAGGCGUAAAUCUCUUCAUGAGAAUGGUUUCUCCCUCCCUGAGAGUGCACGGGAUAGUAGGUUAACAUUUCUUUGAGAUGUACUGCCACUGCAUUUAGUUGGGAACUUCCCUGAAAAGGCACUCGCCCUCAUUGUGAAGUCCAGUAUACCAAGGGUUUGAAUAAUUAUGGUUUAAUUUGAAAGUGAGAUCUUCCCAGAGGUGCCAAAUGGGCACUGGUACUAGUUUUUUAUUCCAAGUUUUCUUGUUCAUCCUUGAUAUAUUUUAUAGAAUUUCACUAAAUAAUAAACUCUUCUCUCUGUUAUUUGUGUGUGUGAUUUUUGUAGUGGAGAAGGCAAAUGCAAAGCCCUUCCAGAUGACUGAAAAACAGUGGGUCCUCUGCAGCUACAGGGGAUUCUAGACAUUAACUAAAGGCCAGCAAGCACUCAAGUCCCCAAGUGUUUUCCUGGUGUAACCACUUGUUAACUACAUUUUCUCUUCUUCUUUUUAUUUUUACAUUUUAGGGUGUUACAGUAAUUUGAAAGGCAAUGAGCAGGGUUUUUGGAACUUACCUUAAAAACAAAGUGCUGAGAAGACACCUCUUCUUACAGAAGUCUUAUUAAACUCUUCUAGACUUGCUUUAGAAGUAACUGAUUUCCAUUGUACUGUUUCUUGAUUUACUUCUGAAAUAAUGGAUUUUCCCAGAUCGUUUGAAUUAAAUAAAAUCUCUGCAGAUUAAGUCAUACUACAGUAAUAAAUUUAGUUCAUGGCCUGGGUCCAGACCUGUAAUCAAGACAUUGUAAUGCUGUAGGCUGUCUUUGAGGCCUGGGGAGCUGUCUUAUCUUUGUAUUCCUUAAACAAAAAAGCUAUGAAAACUUAAUUUCUGGAAUGUAGGAAUCUGCAGCAUGACCUCUGAUUGAGACGUGGUGCUUUCUGAGAGUACAGAACACAUUCUGAAACUGCCAUUGACUUACUGCUUCUCCUUCCACUAGUUAGGUAUAAUAGCAUAGUUGAAAGGCAUCUUGUCCUUGUCUUUGUAUUAAAGCAUGAUAUAGCAACAGUCCAUUUGAGUUAGCACCAAAAUAUACUCCAAGGCCCGUGGUGAAGAAUGUUAGUGUUUAACUUUUCCAGUAAGGAUAAAAACAUUUUUCUCUUUGUCAGUCUGACUUUGUCCAUUGUGCUUGAUGGUGGAUAAAUCUGGCACAUAGAGAAAUCUGCCCUGUAGUUUUGGUUCAGAUUGUAUAAAGAAAAUAAAAUUAAUAAAGUAGAAUAUUUUAACGGGCCUGUUUAAAUUAAGGAGUUCCUCAUGGGCUGUUUCUUGUGGUGUUCUAGCGGUUCAGAAUGUUGAUGGGUUUGGCAUAAUGAUGUGGCGUAUCACAAGAGAUAUGUUCAGCCAAUAAAGUUAUGCCCCCUGGUUUUGUAAUCAUAUGCUUUUGUCUCUGUACUGGAGCAUAGUUUUCCCCACAAAUGCAUACUGCCAGGGUCCCAAUUCAACAAGCUAUUUAAGCACGAUACAGCAAGAUUCUUAAAACCAUAGUGAAAUUGCUCGUGUGCUUAAAGCCAGGCAUAUGCUUAACUACUGUGCUGAACUGGGCCCUUUUAUCUUUUAUUUUCUAUUGUGAUAAUUCUGUAUUAAUAUUGCCUGUCACUAAAGUGAAUGUUUAUUAUCUGUUUAGUGCGAUAAUUAUCCCCUAUAUCACAAGCGCACUCCAGUCUUAGCAUACACAGACAUUUUGGUGUUGGCUGUUGCUUUGUGUUAUAGAACUAUACACAAAGUCUACGGUAAGGUUUAGUAUUUGUAAUUUUCACUGUGAUAUUCCUAGAUUUGGAAGGAACUCUAAGAUUAAAGAUGGCUGGGGGGGGUAUUUAGGUUCUUUGGUUAAUGUUUGUUUCUUUUGUCUGUUUCUUUUUCUUUCAUUUCUACACAUUCAUGCAGUAUUUCAUGGUUCUAACAAAGCAGCAGUAAAAAAAGCUCUUGAAGCAUGAAAAUUAACUGGUGAGGGGCCUCAUUGCUUUUUUUAAAAUUGUAGUUUAUUUAUUUCUAAAUACUCUUUUAAAAAACAAUUAGAGGAUCAGAUGCAUGAUUUUUUUAAUGGAUGCAGAUCUUCUAUGAGGUGUCUCAAGAUAAGUCUGAGGAUUUGUAUUUAGAUGCCAGAAAUGUUGUAGUUGCACUAAUUUGAAAUGUUUAGAUAUAAUUUAUAAAUAUCCUCUGAGACAUAAUUUUGCAUGCAAAAUUACCCCAUAAUCUCUCUGUAGGUAUGUUAAUAUAUUUAUGCAUUAAUGCCCUUUAUCUAAAUGACCUUUUUCCCCCCUCUCCCUCCAUAACUUUUGGUAUCUAAAUUGAUGACAGCUCAAUGACACAAGCAAGAUAACAGUGCUGUGUAUUAUACAUUUGUUUAUAUUAUCGGCACUUCUCAGUAUAGGUGGAAGGAACCAUUACCUUUAUUUAACAGUGGUUUUUCUUUUUUGUUGUUGUGUUUUACAGUUCUUUUCCCUGGUUCAGCCUGAACUAUAUACCAGGCCCUGCUGAAAAUACCACCCAACAGUUUUCUUCUGCAGCUUAUCCAGUUUCUCUUAAGUGCCCUGUACAUAUUGUAUGUUUUAUGAUGAGAUGCAGUUUCUUAAUAUGUAUUGCAGAAACACUACUGGUAUUUGCAAAUAUAUAGUAAAAUUGUUUUAUUGAACUCUCAUUUUGGGGGCUUGGGCACAUUAACAAAUUAAUCCAUCUGUAUAGGGCUUUUGCUGUUGGAUAGAGUAAAAAUACCUACGUAAAUACUUGUUUUGUAGUAGGACCCUUAAAAUUAUAUGGGCAGAGCAGGCAGUAAAAUAAGACACUUGUCUUAGUUGGCUGCAAGAUUUUGGGCCAGAAGUUUCUUCUGAAAUGGCAGUAUGUAGCAGCAUUCUUGGUACAAUAAGCAUGGCACAUAUUGGAACAAAUGCAUUUUACUGCGCAGGUAAGGAAUGUGCCACAAUAUACUGUAUGUAUGCACCCAUCCACCCACAGACACACGUACACAGCGUGUAUUUGAAGAUCUGCAGAGACUUUCGUUUUCAUUUGACAAGUCAGCAAAAGCCCUACGCUUGAUUCAACAAAAAAUAUUUCCAUACCUUCUCUUAAGUUUUACAAAAUUUAUAUGGUAGGUGUAAAAGAAAACAUAGUGAACUGUACCAUAUUAUUAACCCCUAAAUCAAACUUUUUUUGUCUUGUGUAUCUUGAUUUUUCUGUGUGCUUUAUAGUGAAGCAGCCGACACGAGUCGUUGUUCAUAAAACAGCUUUUGAAAGUUGAGAGCACACCCCUGGAGAACCGACUGUGCUUGCUUACGUUUGGUUCAUGACUUAAAAAUCGAGUACAGGAGUUAUUCCUGAUGAGACUAAGGCUUUGUCUCUCUUGGCACCAGCUAAUGCUGUGGCAGGUCUGCUGCCCGGAGGUGGACUCCUGCCGACUCCCAACCCACUUUCUCAGAUUGGUGCUGUUCCUUUAGCUGCUUUAGGAGCUCCUGCUCUUGAUCCUGCCCUAGCUGCUCUUGGGCUUCCUGGAGCAAACUUAAACUCUCAGUCUCUUGCAGCAGAUCAACUGCUAAAACUUAUGAGCACAGUGGAUCCAAAGUUGAACCAUGUAGCUGCAGGUCUUGUUUCACCAAGUCUGAAAUCAGAUACCUCCAGUAAAGAAAUAGAAGAAGCUAUGAAAAGAGUACGAGAAGCACAGUCGUUAAUUUCUGCUGCUAUAGAGCCAGACAAAAAAGAUGAAAAACGAAGGCAUUCAAGGUCCAGGUCACGCUCAAGGAGGAGGAGGACGCCUUCUUCAUCUAGACACAGACGGUCAAGGAGCCGAUCGAGGAGAAGGUCCCAUUCAAAAUCAAGAAGCAGGAGGCGAUCUAAAAGUCCAAGGCGAAGAAGAUCUCAUUCCAGAGAGAGAAGCAGAAGGUCUAGGAGCACAUCCAAAACCAGGGAUAAAAAGAAGGAAGAGAAAGAAAAGAAACGUUCUAAAACUCCCCCCAAAAGCUACAGCACAACUAGACGAUCAAGAAGCACAAGCAGAGAAAGACGACGUAGAAGAAGCAGGAGUGGAACACGGUCACCUAAAAAGCCCAGGUCUCCCAAAAGGAAAAUGUCCCGGUCCCCAUCUCCACGAAGGCAUAAAAAGGAAAAAAAGAAGGAUAAGGACAAGGAGAGAAGUAGAGAUGAGAGGGAGCGGUCUACAAGCAAGAAAAAAAAAAGCAAAGACAAAGAGAAGGAUCGAGAACGAAAAUCCGAGAGUGAUAAAGAUGUGAAACAGGUCACAAGGGAUUAUGAUGAAGAAGAACAAGGGUAUGACAGCGAGAAGGAGAAAAAGGAAGAAAAGAAAAUGGCAGAUUCUUCCUCCCCUAAAGCAAAGGAGUCUGCUGCCGAUAAAGGAAGUGGAGAUUCAGCAAGGGAAUCCAAAGUAAAUGGGGAUGAUCAUCAUGAAGAGGACAUGGACAUGAGUGACUGAGUUUUGCCUUUGCAGUGAACAGAGCUGCAGACGUGCAUCAGUGUCAUUCCUGUGUGAUUCUUUUACGCUGUACUUGUUAAUCCUAAAUCUAGAUGUAUACAGCUCUAAGCUAUACAUGGUUUGUAAAUCUCCUGAUACUAACUCACAUCAAAAGCUUUGUAGAAAGGUAACCAUUCUUGUUACGGCCGAAAGGGAUUGAGUAGCCAAGCGAUUUUUACUAACUUGGUGAUGCUUCAAGCAAAAGUAAAGCUGCAUGCAUCUACAGCAGGCAUGGACUGUUUGUUGUAUGAUCUCCUUUAGUAAAUCAGCUCACUUAUGAUAGUGUUUCUAGAAUUUGAUUCAUUGCAGUAAUAGAGCAGUAUAGGGAAUGCACUGACUGCAUGUUGACCGUGGCAGAAACAUCCUAAAUGUUCUACAGUCCUACAACAUACGGUGGAUCUACUUAAGGGUCUUAAGUGUGACUACACAAAAACAAUGACAGUACAUCUGAAAAUAAGCAUUCUGGUAGACGUAGGGGUUGGUUUUGUUUCUUUUUUUAAGCCAUGUGGCUGGGGUUGGUUUGUUCUCUUUUGUUUUUCCCGGUGGGUUUUGUUCGGCUUUGACAAAGUUAAAAUGCACUAGCCUUUUUGAGGGCUUUUUUUAAUCUGUCAGUUCAAAUCCAUCUCAGGCGAGUCGUAAUGGUUCUUAACUCUUCUUCUUCAGCCUUGGGAAGUGAAAAUCUCUGCUUGAUCAGCGCCCAGUGAUUAAAGGUUGAUUUGUGCAGUUUUCAUAAUCCAGGUCGUUUUAUUUGUUAAUGAGCUAAACACAUUGCAAAAAGGUAGUGCAUUUUAAAAUUGACCUUCGUAUGCUUUUAAAAGCAAGUCUACUUGAUAAUGUACUUUUUACUUGAUCUCAAGUUGUAUAAACUAAUAAAUUUGUGUUUACUGUCACUGCAGUAGUAAUCAUCUUAUGCACACAGUGAUUCCAUGUUAUAUGCAAAGUAGUUAGGCAAGCUGUUUUCUUAGUUACAGAAGUUCAAGAGCUUUUACUUUUGUGCAGGUAAAAAGACAAAAGUAGGCUACAGUCUGUGCCAUGUCGAUGUACAGUUUCUGAAAUUGUUUUACAAAACUUUGAUAAUAAAACCCUUAAACUUACA